AAGGUGAUGUGUAGCAGUAUGAGUUAGAUACAACAAAUAAUAUCCAGGAAGAACAAAUACAAGCAAUCAUUAUGGUGAAAAUAUUUAAUAUUGACACACAGUUAAUUUUACAUACAGGUUAAACUACCAACCUAAUGUCAAAUGCAUUUUUCUGUGAAUUGGAGAGGCAAAUUCGCAACAUUUCCUGUCAAAAAUUGCAAGGUGCCUCAUCUCGGGGGUUGGGGGCAUGCUUGUUCCAGAUGCGAAAGGCAGAAGGUAAAGAGUGACCAGUGCAUCGUCAUGGUGCAGAAGAAGAGAAUUAUGUCGAGAGUAGCAGGUACCAAAUACGAAGAUCAUAAGGCAAUGAAAAAUAAAAAUAUGCAUCAUUGUAGUAUAUCUCUGUGUCAUUUAUCAAUACCUAUUCGCUGCAGAGUACACAUAACCAUUCAAGCAUGUGAUUUCACAAAAAAGCAAUUAAUUUUAAUCAUGUCACAUGGAAGCAUGAAUACUGACAUUUCCAGGUAUUCAAGAAAGAUAAGUCUACAAUGGUCAAAACUUCAUCAUAUUUCACACUAAGUUACAUAUGAAUUGAAGUAAACAGCACUAACACAUGAAGAAACAACAUGAUACUACGUGAACGAUUAGUCAGUACACAUUUUUUGCAUGAAAUAUAAGUUCCUUGGCAACUAGUCCAUGACUGUAUGAAUAACAUUUCCUCAUAAAUCCUUGAACCUGUAAAUGAGCAUUUUCUUUCUUCUCUCCCAAACAAAGGAGGCAGUGCCAAGCAUAGUUAGGCCAGCAGUGUGUAAUGUUUUAGUCCUAUUUCCAAUGGUUUUCUACCUCCUCUGCCUAAGGAAGAAAUGAACUCCCAUAAGUGAUAAAAGCCUGUCUAUAAAAUGAAGUGUGAAUGUAUCAUAUUCAUGUAUUGUAUCAUAAUAAUGUGCAUAUAAUAAUUAGUAUAUGUGAUGUGA